UGAUGUCGGGAUAAUGUCGGGAAAUUUUCAAAAAGUUAAAGUGGAACGCAGUGAUCAAAGUCAGUUGAUUCCAUUAUCAACGACAAAUAUGAGUUAUCAAUCAGAACUGUUUUAUAGUCUUUAUAACCCAGGGAGUAAUUUAAACAAUUAUUGUGACCCGGAAGUAUUCGAUAGUGAAAAAGUGGUGAACCCAGGUUUCUAUCAAAAUUGUGCAAAUUUCAAAGGAUAUUUUAACUAUUUUCAAAUGGCCAAUAAUAAUUAUACUUGUGAGAACCUAACCCCAUUACACCCCCAAAGUAAUGAAUGUAGAAGUGAUUCCACCCCACAAGCGGACAGUAUUAAUAAUAAUAUGAGUAGCUGUCGAAAGGAUCAGAAUAUCUUCUCUGAUAAACACUUGUUAUUUGAUCAGUGGCUUGAUAAUCACAGCACCUUAUCCAAAGUGAAAUAUAAUUCGAACGCAGAUGCUCGCCGGUAUUUGAACCCAAAAGUUGCAGCAAACAGUCUUACAGGAGAUGCUCAAGAAGAUAGAGACCAUUAUGUGGCUAAUUAUCCUGCUGAGGCAAAGAAAACGAGUAAACAAAUUGGUUCCACCAGUCGGAAGGAAAGGACCGCAUUCACAAAGGAUCAAGUGAGACAACUGGAGGCUGAAUUCAGUCAUUCGAAUUAUUUGACCCGAUUACGACGCUAUGAAGUCUCGGUUGCAUUGGAUUUAACUGAACGUCAGGUUAAAGUGUGGUUCCAAAAUCGUCGAAUGAAAUGGAAACGAAUAAAAAACGAGAAAAACAAAGCAUAAAAGAAGCACUUUCAAUGUAAAAAUGUAAUAUAUAAUAUUUAAUAAUAAAUGUG